AUGAGGGUUUGGCGGGUCCACUUGGGGUUCUGCCUCUGGGCCAGCAGCUCCCGAACUCCAACUCCGAACCCCUCUGACCCUUGCUCCGGUCACCAGCUGCCCCUCCCGCCCAGCAUCUCACCCCUGCCCGACCCCAGCUCGGGCGCUCCCUCCGGCAGAGGCCCCUGGGCCCUGCUGUGCGGGGCUCCAGGUUCCAGGCUCCAGCAUUCGGGCUGCAACUGGGUGGCACUGGCAUCUCCUCCCCCAGCAGUGCGGGCGCCCCAUCCGAUCCGCAGAGGCCCCGAGGGCGCUGCAGCCCCGUCCCCAGACACCCCGCGACGGGCCCGGGCCACGGUCACGUCGACCCCAUCUCCUUCCCAUACCCCCGCGCGUCCCAGGUUCGGACCCCGGAUCCCCCGCGCCCCCAGCCGUGUGGGCCCGGCCAGGUCGCCAGGCUCUCACCCGAGCGAGAAGGAAUUGAUGGCGGGCGAGGAAGCGGGGCCCGGGGGCCACAGAAGGCAGGCGGGGGGCGCGGGACGGGUCGGUCCGGUCGGGGAUGUCCCUGCCUGUCUGCCCAGGAGCCGGACCCGCGGCCCCGAGAGCUCAGGACGCAGCGGCUUGGUCUGCUCGCUCGGUCUCGGGGAGCCGCGCGUGUCCGGGCCAAACGCGUCCUCAGCCCCCGGGCCCCCCAACCUCCUGCAUCGCGUCCCCGGGGCCCCGUCCCCAGGCCUCGCGCCCCCCGUGACGCGUUUCCAGACCCUGCAGCCCCCGCCGCGCGUUCAGCGGUCCCAUCCCCUGUUCCCAGGCCCCGCGCCCGAGUUCCACGUCUCCAGACCCAGAGCCCCUAAUUUCGUGUCUCCAGGGCCCGCGCCCAAUUCCAUAGCUCCAGGCCCUGAGCCCCCAAUUUCCCCCAAUUUCCCGAGGCCUCGUGCCCUCGUUCCAUAUCUCCAGGCCCCGCGCCCCAAUUUCACGUCCCCAGACCCGGCGUCCCGAAUUCUCCAUCUCCAGGCUCCGCGCCCCACGCCCCACGUUCGGCGCUCCUCGUUCCUUGUUCCCAGGCCCCGCGCCCCCAAUCCCGCCUUUCCAGACCCUGCACCCCGAUUCUGCGUGUCCAGGCCGCGUCCCCGUUCCACACCUCCAAGUCCCGCGCCCCAAUUUCACGUCCCCAGGCCCCGCGCGUCCCGAAUUGCACACCUCCAGACCCCGCGCUCCCCACCCCGUCUCUCCAGGCCCCGCGCCCCAAAUCCCGCGUCCCCAGGCCUCGUGUCCCCCCCAUCCCGCAUCUCCAGACCCCGCGUUCCCGGCCCCCCGCGCUCCUCCGUCCUCCUUGCCCGCGCCCCUCUCACCUCGCUCAGGCUGGCCGCGGCCGGGGCGCACGGGGACCCGCUGGGCGCUCAGGGCGCCCGCCCGGCCGAGCCGCCCCUGGGCCCGCGGGUGGCGCUCGCCGGGGCCGGGGCGCGCGCUCCCCGGUCCCCGCGCAUCCCAGGCGCUCCGGGGCGCGGGCCCAAUCAGCGCGCGGCGCUCCGGGCGGGUGACGUCACCGGGCCGGGCUGCGGGAGCCGCCGAGGGGCCCCCGGUCCCCGCCCUCGCCCGGCCCGCGCCCCGCGCCGCCGGGCCCGGGACCCCCUUGUGCGGGAAGCCCUCCGGCGCGCGCGCCCGGAGCGCCCGGGCGAGGGAUCGCGCGGCUCGUGUCCCGCCCCGCGGGGGGGAGGCUGGGGCUGGAACAAAGGGCCCCCGCGCCCCGGGCCCUGGGCGCCCGCCUUUGUGCGUGGGGUCCCGGGGAGGCUCUCCGGGAGCCCCGGGCGGAGACCCCGCGCCCGAAACCCGCUCGGUAGCUCCGCCCCUGAGGGCCGCGCGUGGGCAGGGGGUGUAGACGCGGGGUCCCCGGUGCCGACGGUGUGGACGCGGGCAACCGGCGCCCGAGCGAAACCCGGUGAUGCGGGACCGAAGCGCGACGCGGCCCCAAGCGCCUGGUGGUGUCCUACGCGCGUGUCCAGCCAGGGCCGCGAAGUGGGGGCGCCCGGGGUUCGUGGCACGGCUUUUGGGGCGCGGCUCUCUCCCGGCAGCGCUCGGCGGUUGCUGCUUGGGGACGCGGUGGGCUGCCGCCGUGACCCGAACCCGGGCAGCCGGUUCCGGGCGAGCGCCUUCCCCGCCGUGGUCCCUCGUUCCGGGCCCCCGGACGCGCUUUCUGCGGGUGUCCCCGACCCGGGCGCGCCGAGGAGGAGAAUCCGGACAGAGGGACAGGCCACUCGCCCCAAGGCUGCGGAGAGGGUGAGGCGGGUCCCCUCCGGCCGGGUUCGGGGGGUCAGGACCCCCGAGCUGGACCCCGCGCCCCCUUCCAGACCCGCCUUUGCGCCUUUGCGCGUCGCGCGCUGCUCGCGCUCCUCCUAG